UGAGCUUUGAAAAGAUAACAACAGGUUUUAGAUUAUGGAUUUAUCUGGGAAGAAUAUUAUAGUUACCGGAGGUAAUGUUGGGAUAGGAAGACCUACAGCUCUGGAACUUGCCAGGUUGGGAGCUAAUGUUACUAUAAUUGGGAGAAAUGAGGCCACCUGCAGUGCAGCUGUUGAUGAGAUUACUGAAACUACUGGUAAUCAAAAAGUCGAGUUCAAGAUAGUUGAUCUGGCUUCGUUUUCUGCUAUACAGCAGUUUUCCAAUGAGUACAAAGCAGCUCAUACAAAAUUAGACAUGCUUGUAAACAAUGCUGGAGUUGUUAGACCUCCCAUCAAUAAAACAGAACAAGGAAUUGAAGCCACUACUGGUAUCAACUAUCUCGGACAUUUCUUCCUCACUCAUCUGCUAAAAGAUCUUCUGAUUCCUGUGAAAGGUAGAGUAGUGAUGGUGGCUUCUAAAGCAUAUGAGUACUACGGAAUUACCCUGCAGAUGUUGGAAGGAGAAAACCCAGAACUUUUCAAACCAGUAGAAAAUUCUGAGAUUGAGCAGUAUUGCAAAAGCAAUAUUGCACGUGUGCUUUUUGCGCGUGAGCUUGUUAAGCGCUACCCUGAGCUCACCUGUGCUUCUUUACACCCUGGCACUAUAGAUACCGAGGUCUAUCGCUCAUCUGGUAAACUUUACCUCUGUAUUGCUUCCUGUAUGAGAAAAUACUGGAAAACUCCUGAGCAAGGUGCGCAGACAAGUAUUUACUGCGCUACAGCUGAUUUGGGCGAAGGGAAUGGAUGUUAUUUUGUGAAUUCGGAGUUGCGAGCUUUUAAUGAGAAGCAGAUUGAUGAAGAUGUACAGUUGAAGUUAUGGGAGGUCAGCAUGAAGGUUGUUGAGGAGUUUCUGGAAUCCAAGGAUACAUCAUAGAUUGUUUCUAUUUCUUACAGACUGUACCAGAUUGCCUCAAGGGUUGAAAAUCUUUGGUAAAUGUUGCAGGAUUAGCUUGUAAUUUAUUCAAUACUGUGUAAUUAAUAUUUAUAUCUAAUCGUGAUGUUUUAUACCACAUUUAUAUUAUAAUUUGUAUGUGAUUACAAUAGAAUUCAGA